AUGCGUUUUCUCAGCAUCGCGGCAGGUUGUCUGUCGAUUCUGCCCCUGGCAUCUCUUUCCGCUCUUCCCAACUCUCAAUCUCUCACGUCCGAUGCUGCUCUGGACUCGACUCUGGUUGACCGUGCAGCUCCGAUAUGUAACGCACGAGGCUACCAGCGGUCAGCCAGCCCGUGUUCUUCCAGCAAAAGCUCUGCUCAAGCAUGCGGCGCUCGGUGCUCCAAGGAUGCGAAAUGCAAGAACUUUGCGGUCGGCAAGGGGUAUUGUUUCCUCUACAAUGUUGCGCUGCCAGCAUCCAGCCCUCCUGCUCUCUCUUGCGGCUUGGUGGGUUACGAUCCGACCAAGGUUGCGACUCAGUUCAGCACUCAGCAAAGCAGCUUAGCAGCCUGCUCAUCCCUCUGCAAGAGGACGUCGAAAUGUAAGAGCAUGCGCUAUGGAAGGAACACCUGUGUUCUCUACACGGCUCCGGUCACCGGCAAAUUCUCCCGCGAUGCGAAUUCACCGUUCAAGUUCUACGACAAGGCUUGUGCGGUGUCUGCUCCGUCCACGACUUCGAGAACGUCCUCCCCGGGGCGAAGUUCAACCAGCCUGAGGUCCUCUACGACACGGCCAGCCGGCACGACAUCGCGGACGACUGCCGCAUCCUCCACAAGGACAGGCGGCGCCAGCACGAGCUCGGGCACAACUGCCGCGACCUCUGCGCGGGGUGGGAACACCAGCACGACCUCGCGUACUACUGCCACGACCUCUGCACGGACCAGUGCAGGCACAACUUCCACGACCACUACUCGAGGCGCAUCCACUACGACAUCGGGCGCAGGUGCUGGUAGUCCCGUAGAGAAGACAUUCCAAGAAGUCGUCAUUGCCUUUGACAUUCCAAACAACCGUGGCAAGCGUCAAAGCGGCGGCUCUUCCAGCUCUACAUCCUACUUCUCCAACACAAUCAGCCUCUCCGGCGCCAAUACCGGUUACCGCGAACUCACCACCGAUGCAACGAAUGCCCUCAAGAUCUCAUUGACUAUUCCUCCCGGAAGCUCUGGUCAGGUCAACAACCUCGAGCUGCUUGCAGAGAACCAGGUGAACUUUGCGGACUUGACGGCGUUGGCUCUGAUAGCCAAUCUCGCCAGUGGCGACCCAUGGGCGACCGGCGGCCCAUUCCUCCUCGGUGCUUCUUUGCCAGGAGUUGGCCGAGAGACGACGCUGUCUAGCUCGCCAUACUCCAACUCGCUUCGCCGCUCUACUCCUUUGGUGAUGUACUAUGAUUCAGGCCUGGUCAAAUUUGCAACUUCGCUGCCUGCAGGCGCACAGGCUCUCAAGCCAAAGGCACUGCUUGAUGAUGCGAAUGUUGUUACCAAGACUGGGACUUCGACGACGCAAGGACCGACGGCUACGUCCAAGCCUACUAUUACUAUUACAAACAGUGGCACGUCUGCCACAUCUUUCUCCACCAGCGGCCCCGCCGACGCAAAACCGACAUGCAAAAGCGGAGUCACAGGACGGCCAUUCAUAAUUCGAGCUGAUACUAUCGCCCUCCUUCCCGGCACCCAGGACUACGGGGAGAGGAUCACGGAUGGCGUCCCCGGUCUUCCAUUCGGGAGUCAACUCGUUUUCACGAACAGGGCGACAGACCAAUCGAGUGGUAAACCCCUCUAUCCAGGCGUCUUCACGCUCGACUAUCAGUGUCGUCUGAUGAGUUCUGAUGUGGGUCAGUACGCAACAACAAACGGAGUGUCUGGCGGCCAGAUCUUCUUCGACAACAAGGGAUCUGUGUCAUGCUACUGCGAUAUCACUACUUCGCUCAGCUGCGCCUGCGGCAAUAACCUUGUCUUAGGAAUGGACGCCAUCAACAGGCUUUUGAUUCUCAGCACAAGUCAGCAAACAAACGCCAAGUUUGCGACCUUCCGCGCGAAGUUUUUGGAUCAGCCAGAUGAUACAACGACGAUAGCGGCCACUGACCCCACAGGGACAGCAGCUGUCGCCGUCGUCACGACCACCGCCCCCUCGACAACUACGUCCGCCACAGUCAAACCCACCUGCAGUAGCGCAGCGAUAGGUCGCCCUUUCACGCUCAAAGCCGACUACAGCAUCCUCUUACCAGGCAGUAACGCUUAUGCGGAUGAGCUGCCCAAUAACACGCCUGGCAUUCUUUUCGAAGGCAAGCAGCUUGUCUUCACCAUGCAGAAGAGCUACAACGGCCAGAGCCUCUACGCAAGCGUGUUCACGCUCGACUCGGCGUGUCGUCUUGUGGCUUCCGACAACGGCAGGUACCUAGCAACACCGAGCCGCGAGGGAUCUAUCGGGUUCGAAACGAGCGGGACAGAGGCCUGCUAUUGCGAUGUCACGACUACGUCUUCCCUCAGCUGUACCUGCGGCGAAUUUCCCGUUCUAGCCAUGGAUGACAUCAACAGGCUCGGAAUCUUCAGCACAGCUGAGCAUCGAGGCAUGUCUGCGACCAUCAGGGUGCAAUUCCAAGACCAGCCCGACAAUGCACCUCCGCCAGUCGCCACCGCUCCUGCGGCAAUUUGCAACAAGGCCGUCACUGGUCGACCUUUCCUGAUCCGCGCGUACGAUGGCACCGCCCUGUCACAGACCACCAGCGGGCUGGAAAACCCAGUCCCUGACAAAACGCCAGGGUCUGUAUCCCGCGACGACAAACGGUCGCUCGUCUUCACAAAUGACAAUGAUCCGAGCCUUUUCUACAUCAACAGCAAGUGUCGUCUUGUGUGGGCCGACAGGACUUCGCAGAGCGAGUUCGCAAUCAGCGAUGGAGGUGUUUUCUCGUUUCAGAUCACUGGAACAGCGUGCUCUUGUGAUGUUGCAGUCAUCCCGACGCUCACCUGCAAGUGCGGCGACUCGCCCGUCUUGGGCUUGAAUGAGCUCAAUCAGCUCGCGAUCUACAGCGGCAACGAAGCCUCAGGAACUUACAAGUCGCAAACCUUCCGCGUGGAGUUCGACGACGAGCGAAGGGCCGCAGAGGAGGCUGCAGCCAGGGCUUCCAGCACGACUAUCACGCAGACCCCGACAUCGACUACGGCAUCCACGACGACAAUUUUGGACGCCGCUACCGCUUCUUCCACCGUCGGCGCUUGCGACUAUUACCUCGAAGCCGGUGACAACGGAGGCGUCUACUAUGCUUACUGCGGAGCACAAAUCGAGGUACUGGAGACACCCGCUGCGGCCGUGACUUGCUCUGCUCCUGUGAUAACCUCCGACAAUGGCAAGACGUUCGACGCUGGUUGCGGCGUGGACUUUGUCCUUGAUGACGGCAUGCCAAACAUUUUCAUCAACGCGAAAAGCUUCACUCAAUGCGUCAACAUAUGCGCAUCGAGAUCAGAUUGCCUGGCCAUAUUGUAUGAUACUGAACAGGUGGCUUUUGGCCAGUGUCACAUCUACACUGUCUACAGCAACGGACGCAAGAAUCCCAAUCCCCGGUACGACUCCGCAGCGUUGCGGACCGCGAGCGCGACUGCGAGCAUUACCACAACCACGACGAUGGCGACUUCAUCGACAACCCCGCCUUCGAUGGCGACUUGCUCUUCUAGCGCGAUCACUUCUGUCAACGGCAAAGUGCUCGAUACGUUUUGCCAUCUCGACAUGGGUAAUGGUGAAACUCCGACUACGAGGAUCGCCGCCGCAAGCUUUGGUGAUUGGGUCAACACAUGCGCGCUCCAGAACGGCUGUCUUGGGUUGACGUUCAAUUCUCAGGCUAGCAGCGACCAGAACUGCGCCAUCUAUACCGUCCUCACUGGUGGGCCAAAGGCGUACGCUGGAGGACGGGACUCGGCAGUGUUGCGGAGUAGCACCGGAACCACGACCACUGUUACGACCACUGCCUCGUGGGUCAACCCGACCUGCACGAGCUUUGCAUUGCAGUACAAGGGUGGAUCGAUUUCUGGGCAGUAUGCUCAGAACUCUCCGAGUGAUGGUAAAAUCCAGGCAGUAACGUCACUCGAUCAGGCCACGAAGUAUACUUUCGCCGACAGUAGCAUCAUCUCGCCGGACGGCUACAUCUGGACUUCUGAGUACGCCGGCGAGGAUUGGGAGAUCACUGCGCGCCCACGAUCGGCCGUACCACAAGACGGAAGCACGACCAAACUCUGUCCGCAACAUCUUCCUGUACUGUCCGCCACAAGAAUACGCCUUCAGUCCCUUCGCAGGGCUGUGGUUCGCGCGUGA